AUGGGCGCCCUUCGGAAUCUCCUCGAACCUGGAGCCAUCGUUGCCACUUUCACAAUCGGAACACUCAUCAACCGCCGCAAGACAGCUAGACGUCCAUCCGUUGAGACGCCCUUACUCAACGAUGAUCGCGAGAUCCAGAAGCCCGACGACCACGACGAAGACAAUGACGAGAUCACCCAACGGAACCGGAACACCAUCCUGUCUCGCAUCCUAGCAUACUAUCCAUUUCUACUAGAAAUAUGGUACUGGCUUCUUACCUACUGGGUAUGUGUGGCCCCUCGAGCAUCGCCGUAUAGAGUUCUAAUAGUAUACAAGAUCUAUCAAGGGUUACGAGCUUUCUCCGCCAAAGCAAUCGCCGGGAAUGAAGAAGUCUUCCAACUAGCCGAACGCCAUGCGCAUGCGGUCCUCGCGCUAGAACACUACCUACACAUAGACGUCGAACUGUCGUUACAGAAACUCGUCCUCGAUAGAGCGCCGUGGCUGAUGGCCCUCUUCGCCCGAGUAUACUACUCUCACAUCGUGCUUGGGGUUGUAUUCCUGGUCUAUUCCUACACAUACUUCCAAGCAAAUAGAUACCAAGCCAUUAGACGAACGCUGGCAUUCGAAAAUGUCAUCGCCUUCGUCAUCCUCACCCUCUGGCGCUGCGCACCACCGCGUCUCCUCCCAGAGGACGAUGGCUUCACUGAUAUUCUUCACAGCAACAAGGGCGGCUCAUCAUGGACACAGAACUCAUUCCAGCUAACAAUCGCUGCGAUGCCGUCCCUGCACUUUGGUAACUCGGUGUUCAUUGCGUUUUGUCUGCUCAGGUUCAGCCCUCACUGGUAUCUGCGUGUGAUCGCACCGAUCUGGCCGGUUUUGAUGGGCUUUACUAUUCUUGCGACGGCGAACCACUUUAUCCUCGACGCUGUGGUUGGGGCCUGCGUCACUUUUACGGCGUAUAGAUUCAACCGUGCUAUGUUGGUGUUGUUGCCGGUGGAGCGAGUUCUCUUCCGCUUGCUUCGAAUUGAAAAGCCGGAGUAUUAUAGGUAG